GAUUUUUUACGGGAAUCACAGUACAGAUAAACCUUAGCACUAGCAAUCUGUGCCAUUUUUCAUAAGGCGUCUCCACUCGCAUUGAGUUUGUAUUGUGAAUGUUAAGGUGCGUGCAACGCCCUUCAAUGUAAAAAACAAUACAAGUGGAGAUGAUACACGGGAUUUAUCUGUACUUUGGCAUCGUUACUUUUUUUGUAUCAAGUGAAUCGUGCAACGGACGAUAAGGUCAGUGGUGUCGAUACCGACUAUUUCGAAAAGGACGGCAAAGAAGUGAUGUGUUUUGAAGUUAUUGUCCAAACAACAAAAAACAAACACGAAAAUCGGGUGAAACUGCCCAACGAAGAUCGGCAAAUGGUUGAAGUGGAAAUCGGCUAUGACUUCCAGUGGCCAAACACCGACGCCCUGGGAAAUGUCUUCAACGAUUUAUACGAUAUGCACAAAACCAAUAUUUUGACACAUCGGUGGAAAUGGGCCCGUUGGUUUAUAUUUGUGCAUACCAAUGGAACGUGUCCGAGUUCCACGAAAAUUUGGAGCCAAACGAUCAAGUAUUAAUAAACGACGCCGACAUCAACGUGUUGUUGAAAUACUUGUUCUUCCAGCGUCCAUUGAAUCCUAAUUCCGACUUUAAGGAAUUGUUGUAUAUAACAUUUUUUUGAAACGGUUGCAAAAAAUUGGUGGUCCAGAAAAUGAAAACAUGCUCGAUUUCGUUACAAAACAUUGGUUUCAAUCGUUGUAUGUAUUUUGUCGCAUUCAACGCGACACCGUGAUGAGAAUUGAGUACAUUAUUUCGAUAUGGAUUGAGAAGUGAGCUGUUCAAUGGAUACACUCCGGAUAUAUUUGUACUGGAUCGUGGGCUCUGAAUACACUUCAACCGGUUCAGUACAUUCGUAGUUGAGACGUAGCAGAACACAUCAGCAUUUUAGAUUUAAUUUUGAUUUUUCGACUUUAACAAUAAUUCAUGUAACGUUAAGCUAUUCUGAUUUUGUGCCCCUGCCAAAGUAAUUACCGCGCCGGGAAGCAAAAGCAAACCGUGUCGGCUAGUAUGAUUAUGUUUUCAAUAAACCAAAUCAAAUGAAAUGAACAUAAAAAAGACCGAAUAAAUAUAAAAAAUCGAAAAACGGAAAAACGCACAGUUGAAUCGGUUCAAUGGUAAAUGGUAAGUGGUUGACGUGUACGGACGUAUAUGUAUGUGUACAUCUGUACGAGGAAUUUUUUCUGUGCUUUCCAUAUUCGGAUUCUUUCGCUUUUCUUCACUCGCAUGUACUGGGAAAACUGUAUACAUUGCGCAUGCUUCGGGCUAAAGUGAAAUUGAAUAGAUAAUGAUAGUUGUAUGAAUGAAUGUUCCUCAUUAUGAGUCUUUGAAAACUUUGUGUAGCAAAGCUUUAUUUGAUUUACACUGUGGAGGAAGAAAAAAUUGGUGGAUUCACAUUUUUUAAAAUUAAAAAUUCAUCUCGUCGCGUGUUUCGUCUAUUUGAUUGACUUGGAAAUCAGAAUUAAUAUGAUUGGUGGACACAAAUUAAGUUUUACUUCGCAAAGUGAAGUAAUUUAGGUGAUUUACACACCAUCACCAUAGUGAAUCAGGAAGAAAAAAAAGCACACUCAAAUAGGGCGGAUAGCAUUUUGCCACUAUUCGAAAUCUUGAUUUAAAAUCGAAAUUUUCAAGAAGUAGUUCCAGUACAGAAAUCAUGCGAAUUCUCGGUUUAUAUCGAUUUUACGAAAUUUUUAGUUUUGGUUUUCUAUUGUUCUGUUGUACUAUUCCGUUGAUACAAUGCCAUCGAUCCGAUGUUUACAUAGCGGGAUUUUUUCCGUACGGCGUGGGCAAAGAAAAUUCAGAAGUUGGCAGAGGAGUGAUGCCCAGUGUUAAAUUGGCUUUAGAUCAUGUUAACGAGCACUCGGAUAUUUUGACCAAUUACCGCCUUCACAUGUGGUGGAAUGAUACACAAUGUAAUGCAGCUGUUGGAGUUAAAUCCUUUUUUGACAUGAUGCAUUCAGGACCACAUAAAUUAAUGUUGUUCGGAGCCGCUUGUACUCAUGUUACUGAUCCCAUUGCAAAAGCCAGUAAACAUUGGCACUUGACUCAGUUAUCUUAUGCGGACACGCAUCCUAUGUUUACACGAGAUGCUUUUCCGAAUUUCUUUCGAGUAGUUCCAUCGGAAAAUGCAUUUAAUGCGCCGCGCAUGGCAUUGUUAAAAGCAUUCAAUUGGACACGAAUUGGAACAAUCUACCAAAAUGAGCCACGAUACUCUUUACCACACAAUCAUUUGGUGGCUGUUAUGGAUUCAGAAAACAUCACGGUACUCGAAACCCAAAGUUUUGUCGCUGAUGUUAAGGAUUCUUUGAAAAAACUUCGCGAAAAAGACGUUCGAAUCAUUUUGGGGAAUUUUAAUGAGCAUUGGGCCAGACGAGUUUUUUGUGAGGCUUACCGUCUCGAGAUGUACGGACGUUCAUAUCAAUGGUUAAUUAUGGGAACAUACUCACUAAACUGGUGGAUGAAAAACGAUACGAUUGAUUGUACUCCAGAGGAAUUGAAAAAAGCACUCGAAGCGGCCAUUCUCACGGAUUUGCUACCAUUAUCAACGACUGGUGAUAUCACCAUCAGUGGAAUCACCGCUAAGGAAUAUUUGGCCGAAUAUGACUCAAGAAGGGGACGUGAAUAUUCAAGAUUUCAUGGAUAUACUUACGAUGGAAUUUGGGCUGCUGCAUUGGCCAUUCAAUAUGUGGCUAAACGAAGGGAGCAUUUUAUGGCAAAAUUCGAGUACCGUGUCAAAGACUGGGAAAAUAUUUUUUUAGAUGCAUUAAGAAACACCAGUUUUGAAGGCGUUACGGGCCCUGUACGUUUUUACAACAACGAAAGACGCGCAAACAUCUUAUUGAAACAGUUUCAAGUCGAUAAAGAGGUCAAAAUCGGUGAAUUUAAUUCAAUCGAAAAUAAACUGAUGUUUGAAUCUGGCGAGCAAUUGAAAUGGAUCGGUCGAUCACCACCAAAGGAUCAAACUGUUAGGAUAAUAGAGCGUAGUCAAGUGAAUCUAACUAUCUAUGCCAUUCUGGCCAGUUGUUCCGUUUUGGGCAUUAUUUUGGCCGCAAUUUUCCUUGGAUUUAAUGUAAAAUAUCGAAACCAAAGAUACAUCAAGAUGUCAAGUCCUCAUUUGAAUAAUCUUAUCAUUCUUGGAUGCAUGUGUACCUAUUUAAGCGUUAUAUUUCUGGGUUUAGACAGUGGUCUCAGUGGCGUUUCUGCAUUUCCAUACGUUUGCACUGCAAGGGCAUGGCUAUUGAUGGCUGGAUUCAGUUUGGCAUUCGGAGCUAUGUUCUCGAAGACCUGGCGUGUUCAUUCCAUAUUCACUGAUGUUAAGCUCAAUAAAAAAGUUAUCAAAGACUAUCAACUGUUCAUGGUGGUUGGAAUUUUAUUGGCUAUUGAUGUAGUCAUCAUGUUGACAUGGCAAUUUGCUGACCCAUUUUACCGCGAUACUAAACAAAUUGAACCAGUACACCAUCCAAUGAUGGAAGACGUUUUGAUUGUACAGGAAAACGAAUAUUGCCAAUCAAGUAGAAUAACCAUAUUCAUUGGAGUAAUAUACGCAUACAAAGGAUUAUUAUUGAUUUUUGGCGCUUUCUUGGCAUGGGAGACCAGACAUGUUUCAAUACCAGCGCUCAACGAUUCGAAACACAUUGGUCUGAGUGUGUAUAAUGUGCUGAUAAUGUGUAUCAUGGGGGCUGCGAUUGCCCUAGUGCUAGCAGAUCGUCGAGAUGCUGUUUUCAUUUUGAUCUCAGUAUUUAUAAUAUUUUGUACAACGGCAACGUUGUGCUUGGUGUUCGUACCGAAAGUAAGAAUUGUGGUAGUCGAAAUGCGACGUAAUCCACAAGGAGCUGUUGAUAAACGAAUUCGAGCUACACUUCGGCCAAUGUCGAAAAACCGACGAGAUUCAUCGGUUUGUGAGUUGGAGCAACGUCUCCGUGACGUUAAGACAAACAAUUGUCGUUUUAGAAAAGCUUUGCUUGAAAAAGAGGCUGAACUACAGGCACUUAUUCGCAAAUUGGGCCCCGAGUCACGUGCUUGGAUUGAUGGAACCACUGAAUCAGAACCACUUCUUAACCGACCCACUCUAUCGGUUCCAAUCGUUCGACGAGAUAUGCCCAGCACAACUGAUGUAACUGAUAUGACUUCAGUUGGCAGCAUGACAUCCACGCAUGACUCUGAACACGUUACCACCAUGGCUGACGGAAAAAACUCAAAUCUACAAACUGAUCUCCAACAAUUGAGUGCCCAAAUGAUGUCCGCACAACAAAAAUCGCAGCAGCUCAUUGAAAAUAAUAACAAUCAACCGCUGAUGGAUCCAUCACAGAAAAGGCGUCUAAGUCGGUCUCAGGAAAAUAACAUAAUUGAUAAGAUUUCAUUACCGUUGGAUAAUUAUGCAAAAUUAGCCAAUGAAUCGCACUACAUCAAGAAUAAAACCCUUCAGUCGCCGGUUAAUCGAUAUAAGGAACUUGAAGAAAAAACAAUAAAAAAUCGUUCGCAAUUAAUUUUGUCAUCAUUAACGCAUUCGAACACUGAGUUGAACAGUAUUUGUCCGCACAAAGAGAGCACAAAAAAUUUGAAUCAAGAACCACAUCGACGGGUGAGCGUUGGGGCUGCAAUGAAAGGUAAUUUUGUUGUGUCGCAGAGUGACUUAUGGGAUACGCACACAUUGUCGCAUGCAAAACAAAGGCAAUCACCUCGCAAUCAUCCAAAUCCACAACGUUGCCAAGAGCAUGUACACAGUGUACCACACGAACAGAACAGUCUAAUAUCGGCGCCAAUACAGCGAAGCGUUUCAGAGAAAAAUCGGACCAAACAUCGGCACAAACCGAAAAUAUUGAUGGGACAAUGCGAAACCGACAGCGAACGUGAGCGUGAUAAUCGCAAUCCAACGACGCCACAACGAAAACUUGCCAAAUCAAUACAGCAUUCCCAUCAUCAUUCAUCGCCGAAUGUAGCACCGGAAAAACAGCGAAAACAUCGCAGUAGCAAAGCUGAACUCUAUGGUGCUAGCUCUGAAUCGGAACUUCUUGACGGUGACACCGCCAUUCUGCCGAUAUUUAGAAAAUUACUUACCGAAAAACAGCCACGGUAUCGCAGUCGAAACAAUGUAGUCGGUGCCAGUUGUCCUAAUAUAUCGAUUAAGUGUGAUAUCGUAGAAUAUUUGUAAACACACACAAACACAAACACAAACACAAACUCACAUACAAAUUACACACACCAAUCAAUGAACAAUUCAUUCAAUAUUCAAUUAACGGUAUCAUCAUCGAAUUGGUAUUAGGUGCCACAUUUGACGUGGUUGUCUGUAGUAGCUUUGAAAGCGUUCAUCACCAUAGUCUAUUGAAUCAACAUGAACCAAAGUGUAGUUAAAAUUAGUAACAAGCCCUACUUUCGUGCAAGUAGCUGCAGUCCACCCCAGGCACUAAUGAAAAAAAAAAACUUUCGGUAGUACAUGUUUAUGAAUCACAUGGCCAACAUCGCAAGCAUGUUCGUAGCACUUGGGUUGGUUCUCAACAUAGUUCAGGAUUUGGUGUUUGUCCACGAACAUCGUACGGUUGAUUAUAACUAGUGAAAUGCAAACCAAAUGAAUCGAAAAAAUAGGAAUUUGAUGUGGAUGAAUUCGGAAUAAUGAAAAUAUGUCCCACGAAAAAAAAUCAGACCACGUCUACAGCUAUGUUUUUCCAUGUCCAUAUAGUUCAGACCUAGUCUAGAAAUUACUCAGCAUUGCUAUGACAUUUCAGGCCUGAUCUACGCUCAAUUCGCUCCCAAUCUUAUAUGGAGAUGAUAUGAACUCGUAAGAAUAAAAUCAACGUUUAACGUUGGUAUGCUCAUGCUCACGUAUCACAGCACAACUCAGUCGCAUAACUGGACGAAACAAAAUUUUGUUACGUGAAUGUGGAAUACUGCAAAUUGCAGUCUGCAAUACAUAUAUUCAGUGGCAAUUUCGUUCGGUACAAUUUUUUGAUUAGCCGUUGUGUAUAAGGUAGCUAUACUUUAUUCACACAAAUUAAAAUAUGAAGAUACUGAUUUCUUCAGUUUGGAAAUACAAAAUAAAUGAGAUUAUGUUAUUUGUUUACAUGCAUUUGUGAUGUGAUUCCAAUUGAAUAGUUUCAACUCAUUUGAACCAUUUUUAAUGAAAAGAUUUAAGUGAGUGAAGAGUGUGCGUUACAUUUUCAAUGAAUCAAUUAAAAUGUCGUUUCUUGACGAAGCAAGGCGAAAGAAGAACGCGCAUCCACACAGAAAGGAAAUACAGGGCGAAUACACAUCGUCACUGAAAUAUUGUUCGGAUGCCAUCCAUCGAUAUAACAUUGUUUUUGCUGCGCGCACAGUUUGUGUGUAGUCGAUGUGGCUGUAUACAGUAACGCACGCCACUUAUACAGUAACUUGCGUCGUCGAUAUGAUGAGAUGCUUAGCCAUCCAAAAACGUUUGUUUGAUACCAACACACAGGGCAUAACUAUCCCUUCGACAAUAUGUCGCUAGUGGUAUAUGCUCUUGCUGCCAUUGUAUGAUACAAACAUCACGAUUGACCUCUUUUAGUUUAUUAUUUAUUCCCUGGGGCUAAUUUUUAUGCGCGAAGUUGAGAGUAGUGUAUGUUUCACAGACUUUGUUCUGGAAAGAGAACAGUAUGUUUCUAAGCAGUAUAAAUAAUUCAUUGAUUUCAACAAAUAUAUGUAGGUUUAUCGUCUUUUACAAAGUUAAAAGCCCAACAAUUUUUGCGAAGACGCAAAUUCGAUCUUUCUUGUCAUUAGUUCAGCAAUCGCAAACAACCAUGAGUGAAAUAUACUCUACUUUAUCAAAAAAUAAGUCAUCAAAAAACAUAUAUGUUAUUGUACACAUAUACACUCACCCAUAGAUAUAAACAUAGCAAAACAUUGUUGUAGACCUGUCUGUUUUUCGAAUUGAGCAUUAUAGUUGUUACGACAUAUGGUCUUUACAGGUUUUUAUAUCCUAUUUUACGUAGAAAACUUCGAGGGCAUGCACUGUCAGAAUUUCCAACAUUUUUCUGUUGGUAUCUUUGGUAAUAUACGAAAAUCACGGAUAUCUGUGAAUUUCGUAUAUUACCAGAAAUAUCAAUAGAAAAAUGUUGAAAAUUCUAACAGGCAUUCAGUGCUGCUUAAUGGCGAGCGCGGCUCUUGCAUUCGCAGCCAGCUAUUUCUCGCAGUUUUACAUUGCCAAUACAUUUCCUUAUGGGGAUUUUUAUUUUGUUUAUUUUUUGUUGUUUGUAUACAAAUCUACCUAUCUUUUUGCAUUGUCUCUACAUACUUCUUAUGUACAUAUACUAUGUACAGUGGCUAUGCGUUGAUAUAGGUAGACUUGUAGACAAAUAAUGGUAAAUAAACAACAUACAUACAAGAGCCGCGCUCGAUAUUAAGCAGAGAUGGAGUAAAUGACCGGUAUAUAUACAUUGAUAUACCUUUGCGUUAAAUAACGCGUUCGCUGUCACUAAAGUAUUAUCUAACGCGUGCUAACGCGUGCUCUCAACGCAAAGGUAUACGUUUAAGUACAUUUUUUUACCGAUACACAUUUCCAUACACUUGCGGUAAACGAUGAACCAUCUCUGAUAUUAAGCAACACGGAAUGUCUGAAUUCUAACAGUGUGGUGGACAAAUAGUAUUAAAAUAUUACAAUGACACGACCAGGAUUUUUUUCGACGUGUUUUAUAUAGUGAUGUAACAUCAUUAUUCUUGUCGAUAUAUUAGCUGAAAUUUACAAACAAGUUCCAAAAGUGAUUUACUUCUAUAGUGAUGUCAAUAAAGACGAUCAAUGAAGCAGCGGACUUGUCAUCACACGCGUAGAUGUAGCAUUUGACUUGAUUUAGAAAUUCGUUAGUUGCCGAAACGUCGUAUAUGCAAUUCACUCCAUACUUUACGUGAAAUCCUAAUAUUCAGUUAGCCACGGCUAUGAAAUCCAUACGGACGACAACAUUCGACCUGCUUUUAGUGGUCAUACACACAACACAUAACACACAUUGAGCGGUCAAUAUAUACAAACAAUACAGACACGCUAGCAUAGGAUUUAUACGGUUUGCACGAAAGGAAAUCUUCAACUAUCACCACAAGCGUCGUGUCAGUUGAGCUCGUCUCUUGUUUACAUUGGAAAUACGUGUUAAUGUUGUUGUAGCUUCAUCGCCGUGCAGUAAGCUGAAGUGUGAUUUCGUUUGACGCAUCGCGCGUAGACAAUUCACGUUAAAUAUAACAUGAAUUCCUAUAUACUCUUCAUCAGAGUAGCCAUAGGUAUACAUAACGCGCAGCGCCGCAAACCAUACUUCGGCUUACCGAAUAUUAGGAUUCCACGUGAAAUUCAGAGUGAACUACAUAUACGACAUUUCGGCAACUAAUGAAUAGCUAAAUCAAGUCAAAUGCUACAUCUACGCGUGUGACGACAAGUCCGCUGCUACAUUGAACGGUUUUCAGCGCCACCUCUUUCGUUCACCAUAUACGCUAGUCAAUUAGCUGAAGAACGUUCAAUCUUUGCACCGUUCAAUUUUCACGAUCCAAUCAUAUCGAAUGACAGCUUAGUCGAUUUUGCGACAGGGGCUCUGAAACUCGUCGUAUUUGACCAAAACCUGGUAGCAAUGACAUAAUAAUUUGCAUAUGAAAAUCGUGAUCAAGAGCUUUUUAUUCACUAUUCGGCAUACACUGUAAAAGAAAAGUCUGUAAUCUGAAUAUUUAAUAUUUCCAAAUAUUGAUUCCAUUGCACCAAAGCAAUAUGUAAACAAAAUCCAAAAUCGCUUUUAAACAAACAAUAUCGAAGUAUUUUUUGUUCUAACGACUUAACAUUGAAUACACGUCGCUUGUUUGAUUUGAACUAGCCACAAAGCCAAAACGACCUUGCGAACUGGGAAGGAUAAAAAAACAUCUUACACUAUCAUUGGUGCUAGUGGCACACUCUAUAUAAAAUGGUUCUAGUGCCCCACUUGUAAAAAACACACCAAAAUAUGAACUAAAAGCCUGUUCCAGCUUCUUGAUAUCAAUUGAUUGGAUGUAUAAAAGAAGGAAAUUAAACAAAUAAUAGAAUUUAAGCAAGGAAGUUCACCCAAAAGUUCAGGGGAACAUGCUCGCUCUGCGUUACGCGUAGAGUCCAUUAGAAUCUAGGUCUAGUUUGUUAUUGCAUAACAAACUAUAAUUGAGGCGUUACAUGAAAUGUACUACAACACAAUAUAUGGAUGUAUUAUUGGGUCUAUGCGUUAAUUUCCGGGCUUUAUUUAAAAAAAACUCAUUCAUUUCAAUAACAAAAUGAAAUCAUAAACUAAUGAAAUUACUGUCAAUCGGAAGCGACAUCCUUUGCCUAUAUUUCACGCAAUUUACAGAAACCAUCUCGAAAAACUAACGGUACUUUUGACCCUAUGAACGGGUCGAUCCAUUUUUCGGGUUUUUCCAAAAAAAUCGAACCGUUCUCCACUUAGGUGAUUUUUAAUCGUCUGUAUCAAAUGGUAGUCAGAAGGUGGAAUGUCUGGAGAAUACAGCGCGGAUAUAGCGGGUGUUUAUAUUCAAUUGGUUCUUAGGAAUUUUCAACUUUUUCGGUAGAAAGUCAUUGAAAAAUUUUGCCUCGGGGAACCAAUUUUUUUUAAAUAUUAAGCUAUUUUUCCAAUCCUGCUGUUAGAAAUUGGUAUAUAACGAUUAGCUAUUGUUAGGAACGAUCAAAUCUAAUAUUUUGAUAUUAUUUUACCUCCACACAACGGACAAUAUCUUCCCCACCCCCGCAUAUAUGGCAAAUCACCCAUUUUCGAAAGACUGAUUGCGCCUCCCUCUAUAAUGACAAGGAGAAACAAGCAAAAUAUGAUUCUUUAUGCUUGAUUCUAUCGAGAAGGGUCCAUUCUUCAUAAUCAGUGCCAACCCGAUACAAACAUAAUGCUUUUUUCAUUAUUUAUUCUUGUGAAAAAAAAACAGCCUUCGCAAAAGUCGAUUUUCAGACUCGUAGAUCUAUCAUUACAGGUUGGAAAAAAAUUAAUUUUGUGAGACUUCAGAAAAAUGAGACAUACCGAAAAAGAUAGUAUUUUGACAAUACUUUAACAUAAGGGUAGCAACAAUAUUGCCCGAUGCCUUAUAAUACAAAUUACACCAUCUUCUGACGAAGCCCGGAAAUUAAUGCCUAAACCCAAUAGAUAGCAUACACAGUACAAUGAAGUUCAGGUCACCCAAAAUCAGCUAAACUUCUGUAUAAAAUUCAGUGCUACCACACUAACCAAUACACUACAUCAUAAUGUAUGGAAAUGAAAAUGUUCAAGUAUCGUAUUGAUGAUAACGUUUUAAUCAUAAUUUGUAGUUAGUCACAGAUAAUAAUUCAAUAUAAAACUAGAAUCUGUUACAGAAUUGAACCCGUGAGCAUAAAAACAACGUAUUGACUCUUCGCCGAUGAAUACGAAACGCAAAAAAAUCGCCGAACAAAGUGAAACACCAAUCUGUUAUUGGAUCAAUAUGAAACAUGAAAUCGUUGGCCACUAUUUUAUUUACGUUGCACUUUGUUUCGAAGCGCGGCAAGUGUUUCAUUUUGUUCCAGUAACAGAACGUUGUAUCACUUUGUUCGGCGACGCGCUCAAUGUACUGUUUUGAAAAAAUAUGCAUGAUUUGAUACAGUUUUGUGCGAGUGCAACAUAAAUUCUGUUCGCUUGAAAGUGAAUCGUGAAAUAUCGGCUGACUAUAGAAAUUGUGUUUCACUUUAAUUGAAACAAAAAUGUUUGAUACAAUUUUGAGUCCAUUGGUAUGAUGAUUCAUUUUAAUGGUGGUUUUUGAUCGUGAUUUGUCUAUGAAGUGAAAAUUAACUGAUAAGGAGUGCGAAUUUCGAUGUGCCGAUAAUACCAAUAGAGCAGAAAAAAAUACUAUAUGAAAAUCGAAAAAAAUUUAAACUUUUUUUUUCGACUGUUGCCUAUUUCGGAUCGUCUACAUGGGAAGUUUGUAUGAAAUCCUCGGAACGCGGGUUCACGCCGCUGUGAAUACAUUGGUUUAUAUAGUGAAAUCUAUACAUGGCCAAAACACGGACGCAAAACACCCAUUCUAUUUCGCUCCCACUUACGUGCAAUUUUUACCCGUAUAACAAAGUAGUCUGCUUUACUGUUAAAAAGAUGUGCGCAGUAAAGAAACAAGAACGUACAUGUUUCAGCAACGUUAAAGUGCACGUAAGUGUGAGCGAAAUAGAAUGGGUGUUGUGUUAAAAUGAAUCAUCAUACCAAUGGACUCAAAACUGUAUCAAAUCAUGCAUAUUUUUCCAAAACAGUACAUUGAGCGCGUCGCCGAACAAAGUUACAAAGUUACUGGAACAAAAUGAAACACUUGCCGCGCUUCGAAACAAAGCGCAACGUGAAUAAAAUAGUAGCCAACGAUUUCAUGCUUCAUAUUGAUCCAAUAACAGAUUGGUGUUUCACUUUGUUCGGCGAUUUUUUUGCGUUUCGUAUUCAUCGGCGAAGAGUCAAUACGUUGUUUUUAUGCUCACGGGUUCAAUUAAUGUACGUUUCAUGUAACGGUAAAAAGACCUGAUUGAAUCGACUAAACAUCAAAAAGGAAUUGUUAGUAUACAAGUAGUUUUUUCGACAAACAAUUAAAACAAUGUAAUUGAAUGUCCUUAAAAUGCAAAUCAAUUCAUAUGAGCAUCUUGAAAAUACUUACAAUUGUCAUUUUUGUAGAUAAUGAGUCCAAGAUAAUAUUUGAUACAAAAUACUUACUUUUGUUCGGAUGAAUUUAAUUUAUGCAUCAUGUGCUUCACACAUUAAUUGCUUGAAUGAAGCUAAAUGAUGAAAUCAUAAGCUUCAUUUUUAUCACAAACAAACAAAAAUUCUCGCAAUAUACAUUUACUUCAUACUUUGGAAUAUCACUGAAAUAUAUUUUUAUAUUUAUUUCAGUAAUAUUUCAAUGUAUGCAAUAUUUUGGAUUCCGAAAUUACCGCAAUAAAGAACUAAUCACACAAUUAAGUACAAAUAAGUUGUUGAGAAUGAAAAUGUUAUGAGCCGAAACCACCCGUUAAUAUGCGAGUCAUUCCUUUGUUCCUGAUAAGAGCUAGAAGACGGAUGCAAUAUUCCAGAACAUUUCAAGAUCUUCAUCUUUGCUUCAGACACGAUUUCCCACUGGUAGCAUAUAAAUGGGUGAUUUCGGCUAAUCACAUGUUUAUUCAACAACAAAUAAUACGCAACUAUGUCACCGACCGAUUACCUUAUUUCAAUGUUCUGUCGUUCUUUUUGUGAUACAACCGAUAAUGUUAGUAAUAGUUUGAUAAAUAAAAAUCCAAAAUUUAAAAUCAAUGUCCAGUAUGUGUUCUUUAAUAUUUUGAAAUUUUAAUUUUAGUGUAAAAAUUGAAUCGCAUAAAUGUUAAGAAUGUAUUUAAUUUGU